ACCACAGAUAAACCACAGAUUGUGGUGUUGUAUAAAAGCAGUUACACUUUCCAGGUAUUAGAACUUCCUAACAAUACAUCAUGCCCGAAGUACGCGUCGAUGAAGUAAGGAGAUUCAUGGAAGACAGUUUAAGGGCUGUGGGGGCGCCGGAAUCCGAAGCGGUAGCUCAUGCUGCCCUGCUGCUGCACGCUGACGUCACAGGGCAUUUUAGCCAUGGAUUGAACAGAUUAGAAUUUUACAUAAACGACAUAUCCUCGGGACUUACUGAUGCCAAUGCAAAGCCGGUAAUACUGAAGGAAUCGGCAGCAACUGCUUGGGUGGAUGGCGCCAACGCCUUAGGAGCUACUGUCGGGAAUUUCUGCAUGGAUGUAGCAAUCAGGAAGGCGAAAGAAUGCGGUAUUGGAUGGGUGGUAGCGAAACGAAGCAAUCAUUUUGGUAUGGCCGGAUGGUGGGCCUUGAAGGCGCAAUUAGAAGGUUUAAUUGGAUUGACAUUCACAAACUCUUCACCUAUUUUGGUUCCAACAAGAGCUAAAAAAGGCACUUUGGGAACUAAUCCUAUAGCAAUGUUUGCGCCGGCCACUGGUGGCGACUACAUCGGAGUGGACAUGGCGAGUACAACUGUUGCAAUGGGAAAGAUAGAAGUGCAGAUACACAAAAAAGAACCAUUGCCAGAAGGCUGGGCUAUGGGGACAGAUGGAAAAGUGACCACAGACGCUCAGGAGGCAUUUAAAGCAGGCCGCCUCCUUCCAUUGGGAGGACUGGAGUCAACCGGCGGUUACAAGGGCUACGGCCUCAGUGCAAUUGGCGAGGUUUUCUGCAGUGGUUUAUCUGGUUCGAACUGCACUCAUCGUGUUCCUAAGUGGUCUUUCACUAGGCAAGGCGACCCUAUGGACUUGGGACAAUGUUACGCUGCUAUCGACCCAAAUUGUUUUGCCCCCGGGUUUGGUGAACGCAUUGCAGACUGCUUAAGGACAUGGAGAAAUUUAGAACCGGUGGACCCAGAGCUACCUGUGUUGGCACCAGGUGACAAGGAACGUAUAAAUGCUGAGCAAACAACAAAACGAGGAUCAAUCAUCUAUUCCGAAUCACAGAUUGAAAGUUGUGACACAAUGGCUCGAAAAAUUGGAAUUAAACCUUUAAAAGUAGUUUAGUAACUUAUUUAGAAAGACUACUAUUACUAGUAUAUAUUGUAAUAAUAGGUUAG